AUGGCAGACUAUAUAAGAAUGAAUCCAGACAAUCUUAGUCAAAGUGUUUUAGACAAAAUUUCACUAGGGGUAAAAAAUGAUCCAGUUUUAUGCUGUGAUGCAAUAGAAAAGGGCAUUGAUUCAACUCAUGCAGACAUAAACAUGGCUUCUUUUUUCAAAAAGGUUAUAGUCAGAGAAAUUAGUGGUGUAACUGUAUGGGCAUUAAGAGCAGAUGUUAAAGCACUGAUAUUAAAUGCUGAAAGUUUGUUUGACAAACAUAUGAGACAAUUUACUGGUAUUAAUCCAGCUCUAAUGAUGCCAGGGAAUUAUGCUAGAACACUGUUUGAAGAGAAAAAUGAACCAGUUAUUGUUUCAUUGAUUCCUUCCACAGAAAGAAAGAACUUAGUCUGUCAGCUCCUUAGUUUAUUUAGGUUUCUUAGAAAAAUAUACAGGGCUAAAUCUCCACUUGAUGACUAUUCAGAUGAUGUCAAGCAAUAUAAGUUAAAUGCUAUAAAAAUGGGUCAGAUCUUGCUUAAUGACUUUUCCUAUGUUGAGUGGCCUAAUUAUUUGCACAAAAUCAUUGAACAUGUUCAAGAAUUAAUUGAACUUGAGUCUGGGCCAGGAAGCAUUGCCAUGUUUAGUGGGGAAGGUAACGAAGGUGGAAAUAACGUUUUUAGAUACUUCAGGAAAAAUUUAUCUCGAAAAGGGGAUGUUCUUGGAGGACUAUAA